AUGGAUGUCUCAUUGGUCAAUGUCGCUGAUGUGAAAGUUGAAAAUGGUGAACCAGGACCAAACUGUGGCCAGCUGCUGUUGCACACUUCUCCUGAAGCUCAAAACAAAGAUGAGGAAGGGACUGAAAGUUUACGCUCAGACUCCAGUAAAACUGCAGAUCCGGAGCCAAUGACACGACAUGGUGACCACGAAGAUGCUGCUGUCCCGUCAGACAGCAACUGUAAAUCAAAGCUGACCAGGACCCACACGGGGAAGAAGGCGUUUUCUUGCAGCACUUGCAGGAAACAGUUCAGUAAAGGUUGUAAUUUAAUGGAUCACGUGAAGAUCCACACUGGCGAAAGGCCAUACCUGUGCAACACCUGCGGAAAAACCUUUACUACAUUAUCAAAUCUUAAACGGCACAUAACCACACACACGGGUGAGAAGCCCUACAUGUGCAAAACAUGUGGAAAAAGUUACACAGAUCGUUCCGGCCUGCUGGUUCACUCGAGGACCCACACCGGCGAAAAGCCAUACCUGUGCAACACUUGCAGCAAAACCUUUACUAAAUCAUCACAUCUUAAAAGCCACAUAUACACGCACACGGGCGAGAAGCCCUACAUCUGCAAAACAUGUGGAAAAAGGUACACAGAACGUUCAACCCUGGUGAUUCACUCGAGGAUCCACACGGGCGAAAGGCCGUACCUGUGCAGCACCUGCGGAAAAACCUUUACUAAAUCAUCACAUCUUAAACACCACAUAACCACGCACACGGGCGAGAAGCCCUACAUCUGCAAAACAUGUGGAAAAAGUUACAGGCUACGUUCCAGCCUGGUGAUUCACUCGAGGACCCACACUGGUGAAAGGCCGUACCUGUGCAACACCUGCGGAAAAACCUUCACUGAAUCAUCGCAUCUUAAACGCCACAUAACUACGCACACGGGCGAGAAGCCCUACAUCUGCAAAACAUGUGGAAAAAGUUACACAGAACGUUCCAACCUGGUGAUUCACUCGAGGAUCCACACGGGCGAAAGGCCGUACCUGUGCAACACCUGCGGAAAAAACUUUACUAAAUCAUCACAUCUUAAAAGCCACAUAACCAUGCACACGGGCGAGAAGCCCUACAUCUGCGAAACAUGUGGAAAAAGUUACAGGCUACGUUACCACCUGAUGUAUCACUCGAAGACCCACACUGGCGAAAGGCCGUUCGUGUGCAACACCUGUGGAAAGACCUUUAUUCAAUCAUCAAAUCUUAAAAGCCACAUAACCAUGCACACGGGCGAGAAGUCCUACAUCUGCAAAACAUGUGGAAAAAGUUACAGCCUACGUUCCCACCUGGUGGAUCACUCGAGGACCCACACCGGUGAAAAGCCGUACCUGUGCAACACCUGUGGAAAAACCUUUACUCAAUCAUCAAAUCUUAAAAGCCACAUAACCACGCACACGGGCGAGAAGCCCUACAUCUGCAAAACAUGUGGAAAAAGUUACAGGCUACGUUCCACCCUGGUGGUUCACUCGAGGAUCCACACCGGUGAAAAGCCGUACCUGUGCAACACCUGUGGAAAAACCUUUACUCAAUCAUCAGCUCUUAAAAGCCACAUAACCACGCACACGGGUGAAAAGCCGUACCUGUGCAACACCUGCGGAAAAUCGUUUAGAAAACAAUAUACGCUCAAGAACCAUAAAAUGAUCCACACGGGCGAGAAGCCGUACCUGUGCAACACCUGCGGAAAAUCAUUUAGAAACUCAGGAAUGCUCAAGGACCAUAAAAUGAUCCACAUGGACGAGAAGCCCUACAUCUGCAAAAUAUGUGGAAAAAGUUACAGGCAACGUACCACCCUGGUGGUUCACUCGAGGACCCACACCGGUGAAAGGCCGUACCUGUGCAACACCUGCGGAAAAACCUUUACUCUUUUAUCGGAUCUUAAACGGCACAUAACCACGCACACGGGCGAGAAGCCCUACAUCUGCAAAACAUGUGGAAAAAGUUACAGGCUACGUUCUACCCUGGUGAUUCACUUGAGGACCCACACCGGCGAAAGGCCGUACCUGUGCAACACCUGCGGAAAAUCGUUUAGACAAUCAUCAACAUUCAACAAGCAUAAAAUGAUCCACAUGGGUGAGAAGCUCUACGUCUGCAAAACAUGUGGAAAAAGUUACAGGCAAAAUUCCAGCCUGGUGGUUCACUCGAGAAUCCACACUGGUGAAAAGCCGUACCUGUGCAACACCUGCGACAAAACCUUUACUAAUUUAUCAGCUCUUAAGCGCCACAUGACCACGCACACGGGCGAAAAGCCCUACAUCUGCAAAACAUGUGGAAAAGGUUACACAAAACGUUCCAACCUGGUGAUUCACUCGAGGACCCACACUGGCGAAAGGCCGCACCUGUGCAACACCUGCGGAAAAACCUUUACUCAAUCAUCAAUUCUUAAACGCCACAUGACCACGCACACGGGCGAGAAGCCCUACAUCUGCAAAACAUGUGGAAAGAGUUACAUGCAACUUUCCACCUUGGUGGUUCACUCGAGGAUCCACAACGGUGAAAGGCCGUACCUGUGCAACACCUGCAACAAAACCUUUACUAAUUCAUCACAUCUUAAACGCCACAUAACCACACACUCGGGCAAGAAGCCCUACAUCUGCAAAACAUGUGGAAAAGGUUUCACGCAACGUUCCUGCCUGGUGAUUCACUCGAGGAUCCACACCGGUGAAAGGCCGUACCUGUGCAACACCUGCGGAAAAUCGUUUACUAAAUCAUCAGAUCUUAAACGCCACAUAAUCACGCACACUGAUGAGAAGCCCUACAGCUGCGAAACAUGUGGAAAAAGUUUCAGAGAACGUUCCAAACUGGUGGCUCACUCGAGGAUCCACACCGGCGAAAAGCCAUACCUGUGCAACACCUGUGGAAAAACCUUUAUUAAAUUAUCAGCUCUUAACCGGCACAUAACCACGCACACGGGCGAGAAGCCCUACAUCUGCAAAACAUGUGGAAAAAGUUACAGAGAACAUUCCAAACUGGUGAUUCACUCAAGGAUCCACACGGGCGAGAAGCCCUACAUCUGCAAAACAUGUGGAAAAAGUUACACAGAACGUUCCAACCUGGUGAUUCACUCAAGGAUCCACACGGGCGAGAAGCCCUACAUCUGCAAAACAUGUGGAAAAAGUUACACAGAACGUUCCACCCUGGUGGUUCACUCGAGGACCCACACCGGCGAAAGGCCAUACCUGUGCAACACCUGCGGAAAAACCUUUACUAAAUCAUCACAUCUUAACCGCCACAUAACCACACACACGGCUGAGAAGCUAUAUUUGUGCAAGACGUGCAACAAGGGUUUUAGCCGCAGAAUUGAUUUCCUGAGUCACAUGAAAAAUCACCCGGAGGAGAAGUCUGGUAACUUGUGACAAAUGAAGUUCAUGUUGUCGUCCUCCGGGGGCAGCUGUCCACUCCUGUCUGACCCACAGAAGGAGAACCCACAGAAGCCCAACCACCACCUCCUGUGGCUGAUAAGCCUAAUCCCCUCCCAACAAGGGUCGCAGGUUCAACCUGGAUUUAUGCUUCUCCAUAAACUUGAC